ACAAAGAUGAGGGGAGUGCGGAAUGGUCAUUGAAAGCGUAUACUUACCUGGGUGUGAUCGCGUCCGCUGUAAUUGAUUCGAUAUUAUCUCAGAGGGCGGAAAGUAGUGGAGUGGUGCCUGAAAGUACCAGGAGAGAGAGAGAGAGAGAGAGAGAGAGAGAGAGAAGAGAGGGCAACGAAGAAGCUGCAAAAAGGCCAUUACGCGGACUUGAAUCCGGCGCUCUGAAAUCCAGUUUAAUCCGAUCCUUCGAGAUCCGCUUCUUUCAUUCACCCACCCACCUCCGCAGAGGGCGCCCAAAAAGUGGUGGUGGUGGUGGUACUUAGCACUCGAUCGCCGUUGUACGGAGCGAGGGCGGAAUCGCUUUUGUGGAUGGCCGUUGAGGAGGAGGGGAAGGGGUGGGGGCUGUGUCGGAUUCCCUUCUGGGGCGGAGGCGGAGGCGGGGGCGGAGGCGGAGGCGGAGGAGCAGGGGGGAGGAGGGGAGGAGGGGGCUCCUCGUCGUCGUCGAACGCGUCGUCGGCGAGCUUGACGCACCACCGCCGGGGGCCGGUGGAGGGCGGCGGUGGCGUCGUCGUCGCCGACGCGGAGGCGCGCCGACCCGGCGGGGGGAGCUCCGUUGUGUCGGUGGCGCGGUCGCUGAUCCCCGCGAGGCGUCGCCUACGGCUCGAUCCCCCCGCCAAACUCUACUUCCCAUAUGAACCUGGCAAACAGGUCAGAAGUGCUGUGAGGAUAAAGAAUACUAGCAAGUCCUAUGUUGCAUUCAAGUUCCAAACAACUGCACCAAAGAGCUGUUUUAUGCGUCCUCCUGGUGGUGUACUCUCUCCUGGCGAGAGUAUUGUUGCAACUGUUUUCAAAUUUGUGGAGCAUCCGGAGAACAAUGAGAAGCCAAUGGAUCAGAAGUGUAAGGUUAAGUUUAAGAUUAUUAGCCUGAAAGUGAAAGGACCUAUGGAGUAUGUACCAGAGUUGUUUGAUGAGCAGAAAGAUCAAGUUGCUGUUGAGCAAAUUCUGCGAGUUGUAUUCUUGGAUGUGGAUCGUCCAAGUCCUCAAAUGGAUAAACUAAAGCGCCAACUUGCUGAGGCGGACGCAGCCCUAGAGGCACGCAAGAAACCUCCAGAAGACACUGGUUCUCGAAUUGUUGGUGAAGGUCUUGUAAUUGAUGAAUGGAAAGAACGAAGGGAAAGAUAUCUUGCCAGGCAGCAGGUUGAAGGGGUUGUUGAUUCAGUGUAGAGUGCAGUCUGCUUUUGUUGUAAACUUUGUAUCCUCUGUGUGCGGAGUAAGAUGAGUUAGUCAUGCAAAAUGGUGGAAAAGGAAAAGAAGAAAACGAAAUAUUUGCCGCCCUUCCAUCUUUAUUUCAGGCUGGUUAGGUUGUUUCUUUUAAGGUUCGGUUUGGCAACAAUAAUGGGAAUAUUCUACUGUCAUGAGCUGUUGAGAUUUGUUUCACUUGAUUUACACGAAUGUUCAUGUAGAUAAUGGAUUUUUGCAUAUUUCCAAUAAACAUAGAAAUGUUGUUAAAUUUCUGGAA